UUAAUGCUUGAAACCCGCUUAUAAAAACUGACUUAUCAAGGUUGCAAAUAUCAUCCCUGUCUCAGCUUCUGUUUCAGGUGAGAAAUGUGAAUAAUGAAUGUGAUGUGUGACGUGAUGUAGCCUGGCAGGUUUGUUACAGCUGUGAACUGAGCUCACAAGUAUUUCUAUGAAGCAUUAGACUGGUUUGAGCUUGGAAGAAGUGGUUCAUUCUCUGUGGCCAAGUACUGAUUCAGUAUCAUGAGGAAGGAGAACACAAGUGGAGGACUUUGUUCCCUGCAGCUAAAGUAUAUUUUGUUUUAGGUCGAUCCUUCCCUGUGCAUACCAUGAAUAUUUUUUUCCCUCGACGCACCUUUCUGAAAAGGGUUGCAAUUUCCUGCUUCUUGGUUUUACUUGUUGUUAUUUACUACAACAUUAACUACACAGCAUUACCACAACCAUCGUCCCUACCUGUGGCAGGCGUGGCAGGUCCCAGUUGUCCACUCGGCUUUUACACCAAAGAGGAGCUCGAGCCUCACCUUCAGAGGCCUCCCCAAGAUCCCAGGGCACCGGGUGCAAAUGGCAAACCCUUUGUGUCACAUGGAAUGACACUCAAGGAGCACUAUGAGAAAUUACAUGGCUUUAAUAAAAACCAGUUCAACCAGUUUGCCAGUGAUCAUAUAUCUCUGCACCGUGAUCUGGGCAAAGAUACCCGGCAUCCAGACUGUUUGGAACAGAAGUUUUGGCACUGUCCUGGCCUUCCUACCACCAGUGUGAUCAUAGUGUUUCAUAAUGAGGCCUGGUCUGCUCUGCUCAGGACAGUCUACAGCAUCUUACACACUGCUCCUGCUGCCCUGCUCACAGAGAUCUUACUGGUGGAUGAUGCCAGCACAGAUGAUCACCUGAAGACUCGUCUGGACGAAUAUGUGAAGCAGCUGAAGAUAGUGCGUGUUUUACGACAGAGUGAGAGAAAAGGCUUGGUUGCAGCCAGACUAUUGGGGGCACGGUCUGCACAAGGACAGGUCCUCACCUUCCUGGAUUCCCACUGUGAAUGCUUCCCUGGAUGGCUGGAGCCUCUUCUAGCUCGGAUAGCAGAGCAGCCUACCACUGUGGUCAGCCCAAAAAUUGCCAUAAUUGACAAAGAUAACCUAAAGUUCAGGAAGCCAGUCCCUAAACCGCAACAUUACAUGCGAGGGAAUUUUAAGUGGAAGCUCACGUUUGGAUGGGAGGCCGUCCCCAAUGAGGAGAAGAAGCGAAGGAAGAAUGAGACAUAUCCCAUCAGAACGCCUACCUUUGCUGGUGGCCUGUUCUCUGUAUCUAAAUCAUACUUUGAGCAUAUUGGGACAUAUGAUGACCAGAUGGAGUUCUGGGGAGGCGAGAAUUUGGAGAUGUCCUUCAGGGUCUGGCAGUGUGGAGGUCAGCUGGAGAUUAUUCCAUGCUCUGUUGUAGGGCAUAUUUUUCGCAAACAGAGCCCCCACACUUUCCCCAAUGGAUCCUCUAUUGUCACCCGCAACCUGGUCCGCCUGGCUGAGGUCUGGCUGGAUGACUACAAAUGGGUCUUCUAUCGUGCAAACAGAAAGGCUGCUUCCAUUUUUAAUGAGAAUUCAUUUGGAGAUGUUUCUGAGCGCCGUACACUCAGGGAGAGAUUAAAGUGCAGGAGCUUCUCUUGGUACCUGGGGAACAUUUAUCCAGAGGCCUACGUCCCCGACAUCAGGCCUGUCAUGCAUGGACAGUUGGAAAACAUUGGUUGGAGGUGCUGUCUAGAUGUGAAGAAGACAAAUAAGCGAUGGGAGCCUGACAAAAAAGUCAAAUGUAACAAUAGAUGUGGAGCACAGUAUUUUGAGUACACCUCCCAUCGAGAGGUACGACUCAGCGCUGACGUUGACUGGUGUUUACAUGCAAACCCUGGAGAAGCUAUGGUAUCUCUGAAACAGUGUCGAUUGAAAGGGGAAGUAACCACAGCAGCAUCUGAGCAAGUGUGGACCUUCACACAGACAAAGCAUCUGAAGAAUCUCUCGUCAGGGAAGUGUUUGGCAGUGAAAGGACAAUACUUGAUUGUGACUAAAUGCAAGUCCACCAGACUUAGUCAAAACUGGAACUUCAUCUGACUUCAUCUGACAGUGUUUUGUACAAAAGUUGUUCAGCCUUAGCUAAUAUGAGGCUUAAGCAGACUGAGUCAAACAUUCACAAAGAGGGGAUUUUUUUUAAUGAGAAUUAGCCUCUUGUUUAGAUAAAUUCAGGCUUCCGCAGGCUCAUAUUAGCUUCGGCUUAACUUUAAAAGGCAUUUUGCACAGAGUGAAGACCGUGGAUUAUCAGUUUCACAAGGAAGUCAUCACUUUAUGGCCGUUAUGAACAAGAGGGAUCAUCAGAGUGACCAGUAUCUCUUGCUUUCAAAGUACAUCUGAGCAUGUGAGUAUUCAUUUAAAAGGAUAAGUUUCGUGAUAUUGCAUUUUUUUCUUAUGGUCAGCAACUCCCAUGAAAAGACCUAAACCAACAAUAAACUGAUCCUGUCACUAUGUUUGUAGCUAAAGCUCAUUCAUGUAUGCCAUAGAGCACCAUUGUUGUCCACACACACACACAGUGUUUGUCCAAACAGCCACAGUGUUAUACUGAAAGACAUGUUCCUUCAUUACUAUGAACACAAGCAGUGUUUUUUAUGUUGAGUCAAUCAUGCAUACACUGUUCUGCUGCUGAAAAUACUCCAAAUGAGUUUUAAUCCACAACUGGAAGUACUGCUCAACAAAUGCACUAUUUUCUUUUAAUAGCAACAUCAAGGUGCUCCAGAACCUGGUCUGAUCAUCAACUCCAUAAUAAGUUUGACAUUUCUACUAUUUAUCAUUCUUGAGUUAUUGUGUACACAAGACACACAAGACUGUGUCUGCAGACAGCAGCGUUAUGACAUAAUGUCCGGCAUACUAUGUAAGCUACCAUGUUGGCAGUAAAUAAAAAUGUGUAAAAAAAAAAAAAAA